AUUAAACAUCAUUUGUUUGAACACGGAUACCCGUUUGAAUGAAAAAUUGUAUAAAUGCAUUCUAUGUUUUACUAAGAUUUGCUGGUAUAUAACGUUAUUGCAACACGAAAAAUAUAUUUGUUUUUCUGGCAUAUACAGAUACGAAAUAUUAUUCGCAAAUUUAUAUUAUUUCAUUAUGAAUAUUUACACGUUGUUUAAAAUCAUUUUUAUCGUAGGGUAUUAUUUGGGUAGGUAACAUUUCUUAUAAACAAUUGUCAAGUUAACUACUUUUCGUAUUCAAUUGAUUAAGUCAUACAAUUCUAAAAAAUAGAAAUUUUAUUAGGUGAUCUUUUUUUAUUCUAACACUUUCAAUACAAUGUAUUUAAGAGCGAUUAUUUGUUUGAUUUCAAUAAUAAUUGUUUGACUAUUAUUAUAACCAUUUUUAACCAUUCAAAUAACAAAAAGCUAAUUUCUUUUCAAUUUAGGAGGAGCUGAAUGUGAUCUGGCUAAACUUUUUAAAGAUGCAGUUAAACAAUAUUAUUCUGGUAAGUACAUAUUAUUUUCUCUGAAAUUUAAUAAUAGUUUAUUUGCCUUUUUGGGUCAACGUUAACCGAACUACUAACCUGCGGCAGGUUUAUAGAUAACUUAUAUAUUUUUAAAAAUGAAAAGUCUGUAUUAUUGUCGAUUUGUAUAUUUUAUUAAUACACUAAAAUAGUGGUUUGUACUUUUGAAAAAAAAACUUGAUUUUCAUUUAAUAUAAUCAUUAAUUUUAACAUUUAUAAAAAAAAAAAAAUACUUCUUUCCAUACAACUUUUAUUGUCAAUGAGUACAAUUUAUAAUGAAUCUUCUGUAAAAUGUUCAAGCAUUUUUGUUUAUUUUAACAGUUUUAUUCACAAAGUACCAACCAAAUAAAAAUUACGAACAAGUUGCAAAAUUAAAAUGUCUAUGUGAUAAAAUUUCUGAAAAUUGAUAAUUUUAUCUGCCUCUACGAGUAUUUUACACUACAAUAGAAUUACAUAAAAAAAAAUUUUAAAUAGUAAAAUAAUUAUUUUUGUGAAUUGUCCUGUUUUUUCUAUUUUGUAUUUCGGAUUUUUUCAAUUAUUAAAAUAACUAAAAAAAAAAAAAUUAUGAUUUGAGUAAUAUUUCUAGAAAACGCGCGUGAAAAUUAAAAUAAUGAAAUCGGUAACGCCGUAGCAAAAUCUAAAUAUUUGCCAUUUCAUCUAUACAUUUUUUCAAAAAUAUUUAUAAUGAAUUCCUGUUAAGUUUUUAAUCACUACUGUUUAGUCUAAUAAUUUUAUCCACAGAGUACCUAAUAAAUAAACCAAAUAAAAAUGAUGUAAAAAAUUCGCUAAAUUAAAAUGUCUAUAAAUAACUCAGAAAUGACUCACAACAUUUCAAGUACUACGAAUAUUUUGUAUUGAAUUAUAUUGAAAAAACAAAAUUAAAAAUAAUAAAAGAAUUAUUUUAGUAAAUUUUCCUUUUCCGUUCUUUCUACGUAUUUUUAGGUUUUGCUCAAUUAUUAAAAAAAUUACGGGACUUCAUAUGACCUUUAUAUAUUAAUGAAUUUUAAUUUUUUGUUUUUUUCACAAUUACUAUGGAAAUUACUUUAAAUAUCAAAAAAUUACCUAUAAUUUUUUUUUGUGUUUUUCAAAAUAUUUCGUAAACAUCUUGGAAAAUUAAAAAAAUGAUCCUUUUAAUGCACCAACUAUAGACAAAAUUUCUUUUCAAAAAGUUGUUUUUAGACAGAAAAAGGAAAUAAAAAAAACCCCAUCACAGUUAACCUAGUAGAUCCUUCGCUAUGCUCCGAAUAUAAUACUUUCAAGAUAGUCGAUUUAUCCAUGGGAUAAUACUUAUUUGACGAUGCAGCCUUAUACCUAAAUUCUUAAUUUGCCUUAUUGAUGUUUCUGUCAAUGUAAAAGUUCAUCUAUAUACAAUAAGAAACAAUUUUAGCAGUCUAAUUUUAGUAUUAAGUGUGAUUUUAUGUCAUUUAAAUAUAUUAGACAUUUUGCGUCUGGCCUUUUCAAUUUUGCAUUUGAUUUUUAUUGAGUGCUCCCAAUCUCUAUUAACCAACCUACCUUGAUAGUUUUAUUUUUGAAUUUUUUAAAGUUAAAAAAAAAAUAUAUAUUAAGGUGGUCCUUGUAGGGGCAUAAUGAAAAUGUAUUUAUCAUUUAUUUUGGUGCAGACAACGGGCGGGACAGCUAGUUUGCAAAUAUAACUUAAUAUUAAUGGCGAAUCUUAUAUAUCUAUUUAUUCAUUUUUCAUUGAUAUUUAUGCCAUCGUCUAUAUAUUUUAAUGCUUUACGUAGUAUUAAAUAUUGGGUAUACAUUAGACAAGAGUAUUAGCAAGAUUAGGGGUGGAUUCAGAUUACGAGGGGGGAGGGCAUUUUAUGAAAUUUUAUGAAAGGCAAACACUUAUGAUGGAAAUUAAGCCCAGGGUAUGUUGGCUCAUAUUUAUGAGCCAACGGGGCUAAAAUCGAUCCCACCGACCCCCACCUGGAUCCACUACUAGAGAAGAUAAAUUCUCGUCUCACUAAUCGUUUAAUUGGAAUACUCUUCAACAUUUUUUUCUCGACACGUAUAACUAGUUGCUUGGUUUCAGUAUAAAUUACUUACUUUUCUCUAAUUUUCUCUAAUUGUUCAUCAAUUCUAAUCAUUUUCAAUAUUUCUAAAAGUUUAUUGUGUUUAAAACGUUUUGGCAAUCAAUCGACUUUUUUGAGUUUCAAAUAUUUAAACAAUUAUUUUAUGUGUGCCCUUAAAAAAAGCUUCAAAAGAUGACUCAUAAGACUAAUAGUAUGGAAAUAGCAGCUAUGUUUAGCAUUGGAUUUUUUGGGAAUUACAUUGAUUAGCUUAUCAAGCAUAUUGAUUUUAACUAUUCUAAUAAUACUAUUAAUUUAGUUUUCCCGAAUAAUAUAUUAAAAAUAAUAAUAAAACACAAUUAGUUAUUUAAACAAUUUAUUAUUAUUUAAGUUAAAAAAUUAAUUAAAAGUUCACAAAAUAAUGUACAGUUUUAAAAUUAGGUACACAAAAUUUAAAAUACUAUAAUAUUAUGUGUCAUUGCUCGCAAGACAUUCAAGCCGUUAAAUGUGUUGUUGUCCUGUGAGUGACCUUAAUCGCCGUUGAAAAUCUCCAACCAUUUUCUUUUCGGUUGAUCUCUGACUUUCAGCUUUUAUUUGAUUUCUGUUAUUAUAAUUUCCACUUAAACUUGUUUUUUAUGAAAUUCUCCAAGAGAAAAGUACAGGUCUGGUUGAUGUUUUCCAAAAACCAACUGAAAAGGAUUAUGUCACCCCUCGCUCAUAAUGAAAGUCAUUUAAAAUAUUGAUCCAAAUAUCUGGUGUUAACCGUUCUUCCUCUUCCACGUCUUAAUAUUGUUAUUUUAACCUCUGGGGUUUUACGUUCUGAAUUUUUAUCACUCCUGUGUAACCUGGUUGGGGGACCAAUGUAACACAGCUCCCACGCGCCACAUCGUCACUUAAACUCUACCCCAACUGCCCGUAACCCGGAACAUUAGUCGGUUUAAGUUCAGCGGAAAUAGUAUUAGAAGUUAGGUACCGUACCGAGCUCAUUGGUAGAGAAAUCGUCCGGCAAGCAAGAGUUUCGGGUUUGUUAGGUCACCUUAUUUUUAGCACAUUAUUGAGAACGGUCUUGCUAAAUUUUACGAAAUAGGUUGAAUAGAGAGGGUUUUUUAAGCAAUAUGGAUACAUUUCUUCAUUGAAAUUAUUCAACACUACUUUCCCGCCACCGAAAGUUAAAAGUAGAAUACCUUAUUGUUUUUUAAAAACUUAUAGUAAAUUUUGUGUUUAUUUUUUAUUCUAUUAGGAGAAGGGCCACCGGCAACAGUUAUCACAAUAGAAGAUUAUGGUAUAGUAUUAUUAUGAUUAUGAACAAAUUGAGAUAAUCGUAUUUCUAUGGUAUUAUCUAAUAUUUAGUAAAGUAAAUAAAUAUAUAAAUAAAAAAUGUAUGCAUAUAAAUAAAAUAAUUAAAUUAAUGAAUGUGUCGCUUGGAGUAUUAUGAUAAGUAUAUUAUACACUUAUAAUAUAACACUUAUAAAAGGCGACGCAUUCAUUCAUUUAAUUUUAUUUUUAUAUGUACAUUUUUUAUUUAUAUAUUUAUUUACUUUAUUUAUUUACGAGUAUUAACCAUUUUAAUCAUUUUGUUUUACUUUAUUAUUUCAUUAUUUAAUAUUUAUUAAUAAAAAUAAUAUUAUUGUUAUUGUUUGAUGACAGUUAUGCAGAACACACGUUGCUUUAUGGCACUAUUACGUAAUAUACAUUUGCAGCUGGAAUCUUCCGAAAAAUCUUCUCAAAUAGGUAAUGAUAUUACGUUAUUCGAGUAUCCAAUAAAAUAUUUUCAGAUAACAGGAAUAGACAUUCAUUUCAUUUAAAAAUAUGCCCGAAACGUUCAUAAAAACGUCACGUUCACGUUCGUUGAAAAAAUAUAAUUUUUCAUUAGGUCAUUUAGUGAUAAAAAAUGGUAACAAUUUAUCAAGUAUCAGUCUUGUAUUAGUGGUAUAACUAGAGUUUGGACAGUUAAUUUGAAUACUAUUCUCAACAACCAUGAAAAGACUGUAUUAUUUUAAGUAGAAGGUCACGCUGGGUUUUUUAGAUUAUUGGAACAUCAGCAGUGGAAUAUAUAAUAGGAAAUUGUACGGAGUGUGUACAGAAUUGUCACGGUUUUGGUCUCCAAAAUUAGGGAUCUGAGCUACGCUCGUUAGUUUUCCAUAGAAUAUAUCACCUGCUUAACUAUCAAGGCUUGCAUUUUUGAUGUCUCAUACCCCUCAUAGAGCGCACUACCCUGAAACGAGUGACACUGAGCCUGUGGUUAAGAGCUUAUCCUGGAAUAUACAGUCGUAUAGGACAGCUGACAGGCUCAUUAAUUGGUAAACGUGGUGCAUAGAUCCUCGCCUGUGCAUCAAAAUGUUAUUCAAACAACAGAUAGGUACUUUCUUUGAACUUUCUCGAAAUCCAAGACCUUGGAUGAUUGUUUGGUAGAGAACAAGAAAAUUGAAAUCAAUAAUUAACGUAUUAGCUUAUAUUGAGAAAGAAGAAUUAUUAAACGGAAACAGUAAGUGCAAAAGUCUUGAGGUUUUUUUAUUGUUGCAUUAUAAAUGGCUGUUCAUUAAAUUAAUAUAUUUCUCUGCGAAGAUUAACCUCAUCUAGAUUUUUGACGGCGGCUGGCCUUAGCGCACGUAGCUAUCUUCUCAUUCUUCGUGCGCGUGCUGCAAGCUUUCUGAUUGCUCGUAUCAGUGAUAGCGUGAUAAUCGGAAGAUGUCCAGUCAGCGGUUCGAUGGAGGGGACAAUUUUUACGCGUUUAUAUGUUUCCGAGGUGUGCGUGAGUGGGUAUGUGGCUACGACACACGUGCAUGAGAUUUUUUAAAACGUGGGAACAACUAGGAUAUAUAUGAAAUUGGACCUAAAUCGAUUCAAUUUAAAAGGUUGUCAAAAGAUUGAAAAUAAUUAAAAAUUGUUUAGGCUAAUUGAAAAUUUCUCGAUAUCUCGUAAAAUCAAUUUUUUUUUUAAUAAGAAUUUUAUUAAACCUCCACUUUGGCGGAUUAGAAACCAAACACCACCAACAAAUUGAAAAUCGAGUUUUCAUAUUUGCAUAGCGUUUUAAGGAAGUUAUAUUGACUGAAAAAAAAAACCAAACAAAUCGAUUUUCAAGGAAUUGUAGAAUUUUAAUUUAAUUUGUUAUUAUUUGUAAUUAUUGUUUGACACUACUUUCCAUCUAAUACCUUGAGAUAGGGCGGGUAAUUUUAUGUACAUGUAAUUAUGUUUCAUUUAUUUGGGGGAGGGGGAGAAUGAAUGAAUAAUCAUACACAUAAAAACAUAUACUACAUAACUUUAUUAACAUUAACAUUAUAAUAAAAACCGAACACUUAUUGAUAAAUUGAUUCAUACUUGAUAUUCUGUGUCUAUCACCUGGAUUACAUUAUGUGUAGGACGUAGCUUAUUUAGGUCAAUAAGUAGAUAUUUAUGUUAUGAACAAGUCUAAUUAUUUUGGGGGAAUUAUGAGCUCACAUUUUGUUUGAAUUUGGAAUACGCAAUAGGUAAAAUUAAAACACCGGUCCUAUAUUCUUAUUUAUUUUUAGCAUACAUUUUAUUGAAUUUACAAACAAAUGUUUUUCUAAAACAUUUAACUAAAAACUGAACUUUCAAAACAUAUUAUUAUUUCGUGUUGAUAUUAUUAUUUUAUUAAGUAUUUCAUUGACACAUAUUUACUCAAUUAUUAGAGUAAUUAUAAAUGUUUCGAAUUUCAGAUUUUCAAGAAUACGAUCACUAUUUUACUACAAUCAUUCAUUUGUUGAAUUGUAAGUAUCACUUUUUAUUAUUAUUAUACUUUUUUUAGAUUCUGAGCGUAGUGAUAAAAUAUGAAAUUAUGAAAAAAUAAUGCUGGACUAUGUAUUUUCAUUGAAAAUUGUCAAAACUAAUUUGUUGUACCAUUUUUCAAAGUUACUAGAACCUUAAAAUAUAAAAAUCUAAUUUUAUCGUAUUUUUACAUGUACAUAAUGUAUUUAUCUGGAAACUUGUGGUGUUUGAUAAAAACAAUUUUAAAAAAUACUAAAAAAGUUUUUGGUCUGAAUUUGCAGGACCUUUUACUUGAGAUUGGAAACCUGUAAUAUGGUUCCAUUCAAUCGUAAUGGGGCAUUAAUUUCCCAGCACUACAUUUUUUUUUAUGUAUAGAGAUUUCGAUUUUGUUUAAUAAUUUUCAACAAACUUCUAAUAAUGCUCUAUAAAUCUAUAUGGGAAUUGUGAAUGAGUUUUUUUUUAAUAUUAUAAUAUUACAUCCAAGUGUCAUGUUGAUCAAGUACUUGGUACUAAAAAUGUUAAUGUUGAAUUACUUUGUUUAUUUUUUCCAAUAAAUUCAAACAACUUUUCAAUAAUUUAGAGUAAUGAUUGUUGGAGAGUUAUUUUUGAAAUUCUAUGAAAUUUGUGGUCUCAGUUUCACGUAUCUCUAGUUUUCAAUGCAUCCGGCAUUUUCGUUAUUUGAUCGUCACUUAUGGAUUUUCGUACGAAACUUAAUAGUAUAAUUUUUACUUUUUGCAUGACACAUGACAUAUGCAUUAAUUGUUCGUAUUUUGGUAACCACAGCUACUAUUAUUUUUAUGUAAAAAGAAUAAUUAAUAUAUAUUCACACAAUUUAUAAUUAUACAAUAUUUAUUAUUUAUUAUUAUAAUUAAGAAUAUAUAAUUCAAUGCACAUUUCACGAAUUAAUGAUUUUAAUAACGCUUCAAACCCCUUUUAUUUACUUAUUAAAAAGAGCUAUAAAUAUAGUUCUCUACUAAAAAAAACCAACCGAACAUAAAUAAUAAGUAUGUUUUAUGAAUGUAUAAAAUUAUAUUUAAAAUAUAGAUACUACGUCACCCCGCUAUUGUUUCCUAUUUUCACUAUUUAUAGUAUCACCAAUUCCUACUUUGCUGAGUAACUACUCACUAAGGGCUAUUUAAAAAAAAAAAUACAAUUUUCGGUUAGUCCUAAAUUUAGUAGAGUGCAAAGGAAAAUUUGGCAAGAAAAAUCAGUUUAAUUUGUUUGUUUCAUUUUUUUUUUUUUUUUAGACAAAUUUUGUCUGGAUAUCACGUAAAACGUGUUUUAGUAUUAAUUUUCGUGUUGAGAGAAUUUCCUAAAAAAUUAGGGUCAGCGAGUUAUUUUGCCAUUGAUAUUUGAAAUCUUAAUUACAUUAUUAAUUAACUAGAGUAAUUCUAAUCUGAUUGGAAAGGUGUAUACAUACUACUAUAACUAUACAGAAUAUUGUACACAUUCUAUUGUGUUGUUCUAUUUAAACAUUGAAAACAACGAACAAAUAUGAUUUAAUGAUUGGUUUUUUGUUUUUAGUUAUUUACUACUUUAAGAAAAUUAGAUAUAAUUUAUGGAAAAUUCAGCCGAUUUAAAUUACCUACUUCCGAGGUAUCGAUAAAAAUUUCGAACAUUUUAGAAAAAAAAUAUGAAUAAUAAUAAUAAAAAAUGUUAUUAUAAAAUUAAUAUCUUUCUGGUUAUUCUUAACAUCUAAAAAUAUAAUCACUAUUUAUUAGAUUUUAAUAUUAUUAUAUAAUAUUUUUAUAGACGAUAUUUUUAAAUAUUUUCACGACGAUAUCAUGACCAUUUACGCAGAAAUGCAGAGAGGUAAUAUUUCAGAUUCACAAAUAUUAUUCUUUAUGUAAACUAUUUAAUAUUAAAUCUUAUAUAGUCACUAAAAAUAUGUUUACAUCAGAAAUAUGUGCGUGCAAUGUACUGCCAAAUCUACGGCUUGUAAAUAUAUGCAAUAUUAAUCAUAUGUGGGCAGAUGAGAGUUCGAUAAAACCUCCUUAAUUAAUAAUCCUCUCAACUGUUUUUUUCUCUUAGAAAUUCAACACUCAUAACACAAACAUUUUAUUUACUAGGAAAAAAAAAAUUAGAAGUCAAAUAAGUCUUGUCAAGUCAAAUAAGAAGUCUUUUUUCAACUAAAUUAAAGCUUAAACAAUUUAUUGUCUUACGGAUAUAUAUUUAUGCGUUCAAAAUCUGCCCAGAGUAAACUAUAUUUUUUUUUUUUAUAAUUACGGCUAAAUAUGUAAUAUAUUUCAAGAAUUUAAAAUAUAUUUUACUUUAUCAAAGGAAAAUUAAUUAAUUUGUGUACAUUAUUUUACUAAUAAAUAAUAAUCAAAUUAUUAUGGUUAUAAUUACUUAAUAUCCAAUAUUCAUUUUUACGUAAUUUGUAUUCUUGAAUCUAAUUAAUAUUUUGUUAUUUAAUUUUUUUGAAAAUUAUUUAAUCUAUAUAAACUCUGAAGACAAACCAACUUUGGAUAUUCCAUUAAUACAAGCAAAAGUUUCUGGAUUGAUAGAAAAAGGAACCAAUCUUAAUAUGUGGUAUUUGGAAACAGGUAAUUUUUAACAAUAUAUUUUAAACACUUAACAAUUCCUUACAAAUAUAUUAUAACUUGGGAGUUGGUUUUUUCCAUUUUUUUUUUUUUAAAAUAAACUAAAUCCCGAAUACAAAAAAAUUGUUCUAAAUCAUAAUACAAGUAGCCGUAUAAAUUAAACCUCAAAUUUCGAAAAUAAAUCAUUUGCCUUUAAUUCAUUAGGUAACUGGAUGUUCUAAAAAUUAACUGUACAAAUUUAAGUUUAUCUAAUGAAAACUUAAACAAGUUAAUUAGUUAAUGCCUAUCUUUGUAUUUUAUAAUAAAUAUUAAUAAUUUAAUAUAAUGGAAUCAUUUUGUAUUGUAUUAUACUUAUCUAAAAUCAAUUUUUGUUUUAGAAAUAUCAUAAUUCCCACAAUAAAUUGAAUUAUUUUAAUAUUGGAUAGUUACCAUAUAAAAUAAAAUACGAAUUAAAAUUUCUUUUAAAUGUUUUUCUAUGAAGGGUAUAUACACGUACGACCAGAAGAUAAAAUUGUUGUGAAUUAUAAAUCAAACAAUAACUUUUUCGAUGAAUGUAGCACGAUGUAUAAUAAAUGUAAGUAUGCCAUUAAGUUUUAGAAUUAUUGGAAUUUCAAAAUUGUACCUGUUCUAUUGUUAUAUAUGGAAAUCGGUUUUCUAACAGUCAUUUUAAUAGUUUUUUUUUUCAGUUAAAAAUAUGAAUGAAGCAUUCAAUAAAACUCUCAAAAAAGCAUUUAAGACAGUAGAUUUUAGAUUUAAUCUGAUAAAGUCAAUGCCAUUUUUGAUGUCUGAUAGUAAGGGAAUUAUUUGAAGAAAUACUAAUAAUUUUAAAAUUAAUGAAGUGGUUUUUGUUGAAUUUUAGGUGUUCAAAAUUUGUAUGGUAAGUAGCAAACUUGGUGAAAUAAAUAAAUGCCAAUAAACCCAAUAUAUCCAACUACAUCCAGCGUGUAGUUUUCGUGUUUUAUUAGGUAUUUUUUUUUAGUAUUCUAUAUGGAUGUUUUAAUGUUUAAUAUUAGCCCUUAACUGGUUUCGCCAGGUCAAAAAGACCCAUAACUUUUUUUCAUAUAUAUUAUAUAUGAUAAAAAAAAAUUGUGUCAUUAGAUGGAAUAUAUUCAUUUGAGUACAUGGAAUAUAUUCAUUUGAGUACAUAGAAUAUAAUAUGAAAAAAAAAAAAAAAUUAUUGUUAUAAGUCUGAAAGUUAUUUUUGACCCGACAAUAGCGGUUACGUGAAUACAAAUAAGAAUACCAGUUAAGGGUAAGAUUUAACCAUCCUUAUUACGCAAAAUACAUAAAUUAUUAUUAAUAAUAAAGGUACCUAAUAUCCAUAACGAUAAUAAAAAAAUAUAUAUAAUACAAUGAUGAAAUAAAAGAUUUCUAGACGAAAUUUAAUUACGUAUUGUAAUUCUAAAAUUAAGUUUUAUACUAUUUAUAUCGAACUAAUACAGAAAUAUAUUUAAAUAAUAUUUUGUUGUAUAGGUAUAUUGUAGUGGACAACUGUAAAAAUAUAAUUUUGGUUUGUACCUAUUGGGUGACCUUUCGGUUAAUAUGUGUUCAGUCAAAUCUUUCGGUUAAUUGCGGUCAAUUGUUGUUAUUUUUCGAUUGGUAUUCAGACAAUUUUUUGUACAUUUUAGUCAGUUUCAGUUUGAUUAAUAAGGUUUUUGGUUUGGGAGGUGUACAAACAAAAAUAUAGUUAAAACCUGUGAAAAUUAUAUAACAAUCGCUAACAUAGGUUUUGGGUCGAAUUUCCGAUAUAAGGCCACAAGCGUAGAGGAGCUGCUGAUGCAUUAAACAAAUUUACAGUUCACUUUGUCACUUUUAUCUGGAUAAUAUUAUAUUAAUUAGCAAAUACUACAGAAGCUAAUCCCGGACAAUUAUGAUAGUCAUGAUACUGAAGAUAAUAGUAAAAUAUAAUAGAGUAAUAUAGAGUAUUAGGUAUAAUAAAAUAUAAUAGGAAAUAGGUACUGACGAGGUGAAUCAGAGUGAAUUUUGGUAUGAUUUCCAGAUUUGGUGAGUCUGAGAGAGAUCGAAAUCGGGAUCGUAAAGUAAUUCGUGUCAUUCUGUAUUCCUAACUCUUUUCAACGUUUUUUCCACACCUCUAAAGUCGAGUUUCCAUUACACCGUGCACCGUAUCCCCAACAUAAACGGUUUGGUUGACACCAGGUACUACUUGGUUCAGCCAAUCAGAAUACGUAGAUUAAUGCACGGGAUUUGGAGCACGGUGUAAUGAAAACUUGGCUUAACACCAACAGAAAUUGUCGGAGUUUCUAAAGAUGCUAUUUGGAAUGCCUCAAUUUUCAUAUUCUUUGUAGAUGUAUUAUGAUGUUUUUAUGCAACGGUAGAUUUGGAUUACUUUUUAACUUUUUCAAUAUUUAUUCUGGUAUAUCAAUUUAGUCUCGUAGAAUUAUGUGUGCUUCUACACAUUGUAGAACAAAACUAAUGUAGACGUUCCUUAAACCAUUAUGUUGAUACCCCAGUUUGUUUCUGUUUUAGUAUUAUUCCGUAUCUUCAACUUGUUUUUCAUUACUUCUAAGUGCUUUUUAAGUGCUAAAGCUUUUUAUCCUAAGGCUGGCAGCUGGUAACUGGCUCGAAAGUACUUACUACUCACAAAUUCCAGACUAAGACUCGUCAAAAUUAAGGUGAUGUGGCAGCCACGUCCUUUAUGUAAGAAACUGGCUAAACUGUUAGCUAAAAUAUAGCCAUAACAAUAAAUAUACUAAUUAAUAAUAAUAUUAUAUUAAUAUUAUUAUAUUAUAUUAAUAUAAUAUUAAUAUUAUUAUAUAUUAAUAAUAAUAAUAAUAAUAUAAAUAUUAUAAAUAUAAUUUAAAAAUGUGGUAUUAUUUAUAGUUGCAUAUUUUUCUUAAUAAUUACGAAUUUUAUUACACAUUUUAAAAUUAUAUUACUUGAUUAGUUAGACAAAAUAUUAAAAUAUUCUUUUGCAUAAUAUUUGUUAGAUGACACACAAAUGGUCAAAAAAGACAUGGAAGCGGAAAUACGUAAGUAAAAUAUAUUAUUAACCCUUAAUCCUUUGACUAAAAUAAUUUGUAUUAUUUAAACAUUCAACCUUUUAUUUCGGGCCUUAAUUUUAUAUUUCAGACAAAUUUUUUUUAACUUUAAUAUUGAUUUAUUUUGGGGUAUACAUAUUUUGUAAACAUUAUUAUUUUAAAUAUAAGUGUAUACUAUAUAUUAUACUAGCUUUCCCGCCUGGUCUUUCCUGUGACACUAUUGAACAAAAAAAAAAAAAAAAAUGGAAAAUGGGUAGUUUGGAUUUGACAGAUUAAAAGUGUAAUCUACUUAAUCCAUAAAUCAAUAAAAAUAAUUUGAUUUUCGUACCAAAAAUACCUAAGCACUGAUUGUUGAGGGGUUGUUUUCAAUAGGUAGUGGAUUUUAAUAGUUAUAAAUCUUCUCGGAAUAACGCAGAUCAUUUUGCAAAAAACUACGUAACAAUAGGUCCAUUAAUCGAGAAAGAAUGAAUCCAACCGAAUAUAAGUUUAUUGAAAUGGAAUAAACAGGAAUUAACUUUGUUGACAAUUAUUUACAGGUAUUUUUAAUGUGUUCAUCAUAACGCUUGGUUGUGAACAACAUUUUUUGUCUUUUUGUCCUGAAAAAAAUUAAUACUACUGAUGUUAUACCGUGUCCUGAUCACGCCACGUACAACUGACCAUGGCAAAAACAUGGCAAUUCAAUGUUAAUUUCAACACUUCAAAUAAUUGGCCUUGAAAUUUAUUAAUUUUUAUUGUGAAUACAAGGCGAAGUAGAAACUGGACACGCUUAAAUUGAAGUGGCAAGUUGGUUGGAAUCAGUUGUAUUCUUGAAAUCAGAACAUUCUCGCAUUUGAACUUUCCGAUGGUCAUCGUUACUUCAAUCAUGUUGUUUAUUAUCUUCUUAAAAGCUAGUCUUAUUCCAUUGCAUAGUUUCGAUUAGUUCAGGCUACGUAACAUGAUUAUCACCUCGCCGACCUUAAUCUGUAAAUUGUGUGGCGGCAUUCUUAGCUAAUCCAACGAAUUCAGGAAUUUAUUUAAAUAGUUGUUGAAUUUAUUUGGAAUGGUAAUGGAAUCAAUAGAUUUAAAUUAAUGCAAUUGGCUAACGUUUUGUUUACGAAUUUUCAAAUUGAAAUCUUCUACGUCUUUAUUUUUCGGUGUCAAAAUGACUAGGUCAUUCAACCAAACAUAGUUUUUGUAAUUUGAGCUAAUAUUUAGGAACCUUUUCGUGAUAAAUUCUUUUUUCGAUGUUGUACAUUGAAAAAAAAAUGAUGGAAACGAAAUGAGACCAGUUGAAUUUUCAACUGGAAUUUUUCCAUUGCCAGUGUUUAAUAAUUGCUUGGAAAACAAUUCCGCCAAUUCUUCAUUUUGUAACGCAACUCGAAUAAUCCUAGUUAAUUUGAGAGUUUUCACAUAUCUCCACAAAUUCGAUGACUGGUCUCUAAAAAUAUUUUUAACUGAAAUACAACAAUAAAACAAAAUUGAAAAUUAAUAAAAGCAUCAUGUUCGUAAAUUAUCCUGUUUUUCGGUUUCCCUAUGUUUUUUUCGCGAUUUUUCUAUUUAGUUUGAAUAACGAUUAUACAAAACUACCUCUUUAUAGAACCAAGUAGAUAAAAUUACCUUUAAGAAGAAAAUGCUACAUUUGAUAGAUCAGAGCAAGUUCUCUGGUAAAAAAGUUGUCUACAGAAAAAUAAAUAAACAUCUUAAUCAACAUCAACAUUAAUUAAAACGUGAUGAAAAAACCGAACUUAACGUCUUUUUAUUGAGAUUUUCAUAUAAAAAUAUCAUUUAAGUUUUUAAAUUUUUUUAAACAUUUUUUUUCAAACAUUGUCUUUCAUACAAACCUUGUCCUGAUAAUUAUGCACAAAAAAAAAUUCAAAUCGGCCAAAAUUUUUAUACUAUUUUUAGGUUCAUUUAAAAAACUGAAUAAAUUUGAAUAAUAAUGAAUUAUAAUUGUAUAGCUGUUGCUCCCGAUUUUGCUCGCAUUUUCUUUCUUUUAGAUUUGGAGCGUAGCAAGUGAUCUACUAAUUUUUCUAUGAUGCGUGAUUUUUUUCUUGUUUUUAUUUAAUUUUUUUUUCUACCUAUUUUUCAAUGAAAAAUAUUGUUUUUAUAUAUAUAGUCCUUUUCUGAAAAGUAAUUUUAAAUAUUUGCUGGAUGGUGUAGAUAAUUUUUUUGAUUUUCUAAGUGGUUUUCAAAAUAAUUGGGAAAAACCCUAAAGAAAAUUAUAGGUAAAACGGCACGUUGUGGCGUUAUCGAUUUCAUUAUUUUUAAUUUUUGCGAAAACUAUGAUUUCUACCAAACAUUUUUUUCCAAUCACAAACUGACGGGAGAUCGAUUUAAUUCCAUUAAAUAUCGUGUUAUUGACAGAGAAAGUCAUUUGUUUAUUUAAAGUAGUUUUCAUAUUAAUUAGGAAAAUCCAAAAAAGAUGAAAAAUAUGAUUUUUUUUCAAAUAACGAUGCAAUGAUUUGAUUAUUUAAAAUGUUUAAGAUUAUGUUUUUACACCAGUAAUUUUUGUCCAAAUUGCAAGAAUAGUAUAUUUUCUAAUAUAAUAUUUUGUCUAGUUUAUGAAUAAAAAAAUCAUUGUUUUAUUUUCCGUACAGUUUUCCUAAUAAUCACGAAAAACCGGUAAAAACGUCGGAAAUACGGCAAAGUGUACAACACUUGUUUUUUUUUUUUGUUAUUCUGAUAAAAAUAACUGUAGAAAUUUAUAUUUUUUACAAAAUACUUAAAUUGGCCUUUUUUAGACGUGGUAAAAUUAUCAUUUAGACAUUCUCGCUAUUUUUAGGUUAUUUAUUAGUAUUUGAUAUUUUUAUGGUUUUAUAAGUAUUUUUAUUUGGUAGGUAUCUGUUAUUAAAAUUAUAUGACUUAAGAGAAACGUUUGAAAACUUAACACAGAUUAUAUUAUAAAUUGUACUUGGUGAUUACAUAACAUAUUUUUAAUGUUUAAUGCAUAAGUUUUUUUUUUUCGUAAGUAUUUUAAGAUCAAAUUUUGUUAAAAACCGUGAAAAUUAAAGUUCAAAAUAUGUUUUACCGAACUAUUCUCUUCAAAUCAUUUUUCAUUAGCAAUGGUUUAUCGCUUCCUACAGACGUAAAUUAAGUAAUUCAAUGUAUCUUAUCUUCCUAACUGUCCAACUACAACAGUGGCUAAAACAUCUACAAUAGCAACCGUUCCCAAUAUUAGCUCUUUUUUUUUUUAAUAACGUGCCACCCAUUAUUAAAUCCGGAAAUUGAGAUUAAAAUGACUUAGGUUGUUAUUUUCAGGGAAUUAUGAUUAUUUAUUUUUCUUUAUUUAUUAUUAUUUAUAUUAGUUAUUCUAGCUAUCCCAUUAAGCGUUUUUUGUAACAACUUUAUCUAACCAACUAGAAAUUAGCAAAAUAAAUCGUAUUUCCUGUAUUUUAAAGAAUUAUGUUUUAAUUUUAUUUUUUGCAGUAAUAAAUGAAAUUCUAAAUCUCAUAAUUAAAUUUUAUGGAAGAUUCAUAGUUAGAAUGAUUACGGAUGCAGAAAUAUUAUUAGUUAGUGAGUGUUAUUAUUGUUAUUUUUUGUAUUAUUAUGUGUUUAAGGAUAAAAAUAAAUGUUUGUUUCUACUAUCAUAACGAUGAUUAAUGACAUAUAUACAUAUUAUAAAAUAUUAAAAAGUUCAUAAUAUUUACCGGUUUAGAUAAUAAGAUUGUUUAAUACUUGUUUUACAUUGUUAUUAUUACCAUUAUUACAAAUACUAUAGAUUGCUCACUUACCAGUUUUUUGAUAUAGCAUACAAUAAAAUUCCUGUUGGAAAAUGUUCGAAAAAUAAUAAGAACCGUUUUCGGAAACCUGGCCCGGUUGCAUAUUAACAUGAACUGUACUGUAGGUACAUAAUAGGUACACACUAUGUAAAAUAUUACCCGACGUGGUUUUGCACAACAAAUUGGGGUUUAUUUUCUAUUAAUUAUGUACCUCCAUUCGCUUUUUCUGGAGCCAAAAGUUCCAGACCAUGCUAUAUUACAAUUAACUACAGUUGUAUUUAAUAUUUUAAUAUUUAACCUUAUCAUUUUAAACAAAUUGCCUUUUACCCUUUACAAAGGUUGGGUAAAACGGUUUAACAUCAAAUCCUUGCUACGAUUACCUGCUAAUUCAUUACAGUUAAAUAUAGUUAUUUUAACUUAUUUCAUUUAAGUUUUGUAUUGUUUUGUGAUAAGACUGAUAACAGUACGUUCUACACACGUUGAAGUCAAACGUCUUUAAUCGUGACGAUAGAUGUUGGCCACACAUUUAAUUGUUUAAUUAUUCAUAGUUUUAUCCAUCGUAUGUGAUCUAAAUUCUAAGGUAUCCAUUACAUUUAGGUCCGGGUUUUUUUUUUAUAACUUUAACUUAAAAAGAUUAAAAGAUGAAACUGUCAAUUAUUAUUACGAACAUAGAUAAUAAAGACUGGAUAUGUCAUAUGUCUGGGUGACGCAUUCUAAAAUGUGACUGUCGUCUAUCCUUUAAUACUUAGGCGAUUUGUUUACAUUUUGCUGUGGCACCGCAAUAUCGUUGAAUCCCAGUCUUUUCCACGAUUAUUUUUAUUCACUUAUGUUAUAUUAUAAUUACUAUCAUUUUUUAAGUAUAUAUUGUCCAUAGUUAUUAUACACGAAUAGUAAAUAAAUAAAGGAGAACGCAUGAAUAAAUGUAUAGACAAAAUUUAAAUUUGUUGUUAUUUACUUUAUCAAUUUAUCAUGGUUAUCACGUUGUCGUAUCAUAUAAAAUAACGUAAAAAAAUCGCCUAAGUCCACCAUACCAGAGAACAAAAAAGUGUACAGGUAUAGUGUAGGGAUGGCCUAUCCAGUCUUUAUUACUUAUCUAUGGUUAUGAAAAUCUUAAAUAAUUUACACUUCACAAUAUGACCAGUUUUUCUUCACAAAAUAAUCAUAUUUUUAAUAAGUGAUAAUAAUUGUACACUAAUUACCUAAUUAACUUAAAUCUCGAUAAUAAAUAACAAAUGAAACAUAUUACAUUAUAUAUUCUAUCCUCCUAUUCUAAUUUUAGGAUGCAUAUUGUUUUAUUGCUAUGUUGAUGACUUGCAAUGUAAACGUUCACUUACAAAAUAGACACAAACAUUUAUUAUUUAUAUGUUUGUAAAUGAAUAUAAAUACAAUUAUAUUUUAAUGAAUAUUUCAAUGUUUUACAGAUGCGUAUAUUGAAGAUAAAGCAACGAAAAAUUUUUGGUUUUUAGAAAAUAACGUAUACCUUAAGGAUCAUAUAAUUAUAACGAGGGAUAUAGUUAAUCGUAUGGAUAUGAUUAAGGCGAAAUAUUCUUAUUUGAUUGACUUUUAUAAAGGUAAGUUUAUUUGUGAUUUUGUUCGUAAAAUUCGUAAAUUUACUUAUACAACAUUAUUGAGAAAUUAUAUAUAGUUGACGGUGAAUGUGUUAUUGAAUGAAUUAUUUUUGUAUGAAUUACCUAUAUUAGUAGACAGUAGGAAAUUUGAGUGUUCAUCUCGGAGGGAGGAGCGAUAUAUUAUAAACACAUGUACAUAAAUUUGUGUUUGAAUAUUACUAAAUACAAAGAGAUGGUUAAUGUAAUAGUAGAACUAUAUAAUGCGUAUUAUGGUCUAAUAGUGUGAUUUGGUGUAUUUUUAAAAGUUUCAUAAAAAUUUGAACUUCAAACGAAUUAAAAAAAAAAAACGAAACUAUGCUCACUUUUUAUUACGUCAUACAGUACAUCUUAUCAUAAAUCUUGUAUCAAAUUUACAAUAAUUUUUAAGAAGUUAAAAAAUUGUUUUCAUAAAAAAUCAAAAACACUAAAAAUACUCGAAAUAUUACCUAUAAAUUAUAGUACCAGAAUAUUUUCGAAAUUGUACCUCGUCUAAAGAGUAAUGCCUUCGUAAGAAAUUUUAGGUUAUUAGAAAUACAUUUAAUUUAAUUGCAAUAAAAACUAAAAUCGAUUGUAAUUAUAGAAACUGUUGUUCCGUAAAUAUUUCCGGUUCUCAAAGUCUGGUUUUCUCCUCAUUAUUAGAAAAAUUAACAAAGACAUUCAAAAAAAGGCUUAGUAUAAUGAUAUCUGUAAAUGAUAUCUUGUGAUAUCAAACCCAAGUCGGUUUACGUGAUCAUAUUACAGUAGGUUUUAUAAACUUUCGUGAUCUCAUACGAUAAGAUAAACUAAUGAUUCUUGGGAUGUUCAUCAAUUAUGAUUUAAGAUGUGCACUCCAGGUAUGUAGCAGUUAUUUACGUAGUUUUAUGAGGAAUCUUUCAUGCCAGAUAUAAAUAAAAGCUUAAACUUCCAAGCUACGCCAUGGAAGACACCAUAGCAAUACUUUUUUCUUCAAAAGUUUUAUUCAUUACGUUUGUAACGCGAUGGACUUAACUGAUUGUCGAAUGUUUGUUAUGGAAUCCAAACUACUGUUUUGGUUUAAGAUUUUUUUUUCUUCUAUUAUUGGUUUUAGACGUUUAAGUAGACGUCUCUAAAAGUCUAGAAGGAUGAUAUUGAAAUUUUUAAUUUUGUCAUAAAGCUAUUGGCAUUACGCAAUGCUAAGAUCGGAGUCAAUGGCAUUUAGUAGACGUACACAUUCUAGGAACCGAACAUAUAUUUCAUCUUUUUCUAAUUCACCCUGAGCCCAAUUACCAUCUUCCUUGCGUGUGAGUAGUCUCACAAGGUUUCUUUAUGUGUUUUUCGGCUUUCCAUAAUAAAUUAAUAAUCAGUAUUAUCUAUUACAGAAAAAUUAUAAAAAUAUGAUUUAAACUUUUUAUUUUAGAUUCUGAGUGUAGCGAAGAAUGUAUUGAUUUUACUAAGAUGUUCAUUUUUCUUUUUUUCUUUUUUUACUGUAUACGAAAAUUCUACCAGAAAUCUUGCUCAAAUAUAUAUGCGCGGUACCAUUUCUGAAAGGAAAUGUUGUCCAGAUGGUACUCUUAGAAGGUCAUUUUUUGAUUUUCCAAGCAGUUUUCAUAAUAUCUGAAAAAAAUCAGGAUAAAACGUAAGAAAAACGGGAUAUUUACGAAAUUAAUGCUUUUAUUAUUUUUUAAUUUUGUCAUUUAUUGUAAUUCAAAUACAAAUCUGCAUAGAGACUUAUAAUGUUGACAGAAAACUUAUAUUUGUUUUUUCUAGACACAUUAAAAUUUUUGAAUUUUGCAAUUUUUAGAAUUAUAUAUAAAUUUUAAUAUUUUCGAAUUAAGUUUGAAAUAUUUUUAUCGACUCUAAAGACCUAUUGGGACAGAACAUUUUUAUUUGCCUUUACUAGACGUGAUAAAAUUGUCACACAAUUUAAGCUAUUUUUUUUAGCUAUUCAUAGAAAUUUUAAUUUUGCGAGUUUUGUACGUAAUUUUUAUUCGGAAGGUACUCAAUGAUAAAAUUGUUAAACACAGAAAUACGUGAAAAUUUAACAGAGAGUUCAUUAAGUCUUAUGUUGUGGUUAAAAAAAAAAAAUUGAGUUCAAUGUAAUUUUUUUUUAUAAUGAAAUUUCAAUAUCAAAUUUUGACGAAUGUCAUUUGAGAAAAAAAUUAUGUGGAACUGAUUUUAUUUUUAAUUUUUAAUUUUUUGAAUCAUAUUGCUGAUGUAAAAACGAUGAUAAAGUCAGAAUUAACCGGAACGACUAAGUUUCAAAAUUAUAGCUUUUUGAAAUUCUGAUAUUAUAUGUUGUGUUAAAUAACUGAAUAUUGUCUUAAAGCACAUUUGUCGUGAUCUAAUGGUUAUAUAUGCCUAUUAUCAUCCUAGAGGUUCUGAGUGCAAACUAGUGUGACGAAAAAAAUUGUUUGAAUUUUAUCCCUUUUACUUAAACAAGAAAAAAACAAAUGCAUUUCGGGUGUACCUCUCUAGGUCUCUACCCAAGCCAUCGCUCGCUCGGACUUUUUUAAUCGCAAAAUACCCAAAAUAUGCAAAAUUUUAUACUAGAAAUCUUGCUCCUGAGUAUCAAGUGUAGCUUAUUUUUUGAAAGGAAAUUUUAUCUCCAUGGUAAUUUAAAGAGGUUAUUUUUUGAUUUUUCAAUUAGUUUUCAUAAUAUAUGGGAAAAAUCAGGAUAAAAUAUCUGAAAAACCGAAAAUGUACGAAAUGUAGGUAUUAGUAAAAAAAUAUUAUGAUUUUUUUUCUACCAACAAUUUUGCUCCGAUUUACAAUGAUAGCACCUUUUCUUAAAGUAAAUUCUGACUGGGGAGGUACUUUAGGAGGUGAUUUUUCGAUUAUCCCAAUAAAUGGGAAAAUUGGGAAAAACAUGAGAAAAUCGGUACAAUAUUAAACAAAUAUUAUUAAAGAAAAUAUAUAAUGUCAAUUUAAUUAUUUUACUGUAGUAUGUACAUAUAUAUUGUUGACAAAGCAUCACUAUUAACUGAACUGCCCUCAGAACCGUUCUUUCAUUAACAAUGGUUUAUUGUUGCUUACAGAUAUACAUUAAAUUACAUAUAACAGUGACUGCAAUCGUUUCCAUUAUCCUAGAACGUUGUUUUCAUUUCUUUGAUGUUGUUAUGGAACAAUUUGCUUACACAAUUCUAUUAGGUUUUAUCCAUUGGAUGCUAUGUUCUCGUUUGAUGUUUUUGUUGAACUAGAUUUCUUAUAUCUAGUGGGUAGGUAAUCUGGGGUUUAUCAUUGGAAGCUAAUGGAGUAGUUAAUUUCGCCACAUUAAUGAUAUCGUUGACCGUUUGUUUUACUGAAUUUCCAAUUUCAUCCAUUGUUCUUAAUCGAGUUAAAAGUAUUGAUUUCUUCAAGGGAACUUUUGAAUAGGUUCCAAUUUAUUCUUUUGUUGAUUGUUGAAGUGUUUUAUUUUGUUAACUAUUACGUUAGUGCUUAUUGAUAGAUGCUUGGGGAUGUGAUUUGACAUAAGUUUUAUUAAUCUUUAACUUAAUUAUCAAUUUUUUUUUUAAAAACGUUGAUUGUUAUAAAGUACUACUUUUAUAAACGUUUAAAGUUUAAAUUUUUGACGAAUAUCUUAAAGGGCACAGCAUUUCAAAACACGUUAAACUGAACUAAUCGAUAUAAAAUUAAAAUAUCAAUAACAGAUAUAAAUUGAAUAACUUAUUGUAUCUUACUUUUAAAACAUUCAACUAAUCAGUAGUACUCCCGUCAACAAUAUCAGCUGCUUUUUAAACUGAAUUACAAUAAAAACAUAAUAUCGAAUAAAACAUAAAUGGUUAUUUACUAAAUAUCCUCGUUUUCCCAGAUUUUCUAAUUGUCAAGCAAUAUAUGGGAAAUAUGAAAAAAAUUGUCCACUAGAAUUCACCAUUGAUGUUUAUAAUUUAAAAUUAAUAAAAAAUUAUACACAAAAAUCAUACAUAAGGUUGCCUAACAUAGAAGGAUCAUCUACGUCGUAUACAGGAUGCUCUAGCUACCGUAAUGCACACUACACAGCCAUCUACUAUAUGCAGCUUCGGUAUGGGCACCGUUUCUAAAGAUUUCUAAGUUUUUCCUAUGUUUUUCUCAAUUAUAAUGAAAACACUUUAAAUCAAAAAAUCACCUCUCUGAAAAACCUUACGGAUAAAAUUUCCUUUCAGUAAAUGCUUUAUACUUGAAAAUCGGAGCAAGAUUUUUGGUAGAAAAUUAAUUUACAGAUUGUAAAGCCAACAAAGCUCAGGAUCUAAAAGGGGGAAAAAAGUCCGUACUGCAUAUUUUAUUACGUUUACAAUAUAACUUUACACACUUUACCUAUCCCUUGUGUGCCCAAUUUUAGAGUAUAGUAGAAUAGUUUGGCACCCCAUUUGGUGAAAGAACAGUUAUGACUAGAGAGAGUCCAGAAUAGGUUUCUUUCAUAUUUCUCUUUCCUACUUAAAAUUGAACUUCUAUAACAUGACUGCUCAUCCGUACUUUUAAAGCUAAACAUCUUCAUGCUUUCUUUCCGAUGAAUUAAUGCUGAUUUCCAUUUUAUUCAAGGUCUACUUGAUGAUUCAAUAGAUGUCCCAGACCUCUUUUUCUUUAUUAAUUUCUGUGUUCCUGCCUACCCCUCAAUACAUCAUAUACUCAUUCAUAUUCCUACUCACUCUAUCUCCUACGAUCACACAACUAUCCUUUACACCACAUGCUUCGUUGUAUCAAGAAGGCCACCUAGUUUAUUCUGUAAAUAUUUGGUUUUAUAUUGUUUGUUUGUAUACUACUUUAUUUUUCUUUUGCGUUUUGCAUGUAAUUAUCUUAGUUUGAAGUCUGUUAACAAUUUGUUUGUACUGUUAUCAUUUCACCUCAAUUUAUAUGUUUUCAUUUAUUUUUUGUAAAUUGCCGUUUGGCGUUAAUAAAAUAAAAUAAAAUAAAUAUAAAUAUUUUUGUAUCUAUACAGUUAUAUAUAUAGAACAAAAUAAGGAAUUCGAAAAAAACUAUAAAGACGCAAAAAACAAAUUUGGAGAAACAUUUUUCAAUGUUUUAGAAGGAAAAGGUAACAAUGUUUGAUAAUUUAUGAUUUGUAAUAUAUAUUAUAAUACUUACUCUAUGUUUUUUUUUGUAUUAACAGAUAUACAAAAUGAAAGUUCUUACUCAAGUAAAUGUAUACUUGUAUACUUAUAUUUAAUAUUAUGUUCAAUAUAUACUUAUUAAAGUAUUUAUUGUACUAUGUAUUUUAUAACAUUUUCUAUGUAACGUUUAGUGUUACAACUAGUGAUGGACACAACCGAAGUGACUAUUGAGCUAUUUAAUAGAUUAAAGACAAUUGAAUAUGAAAUGCAUUGCGUUGAAAUUAUCUAAAAUAGAUUAUUCGAUUGUAGAAAGAUCUUUUAGAACAGUGAAAUUUCUUAUAUGAGAAUCUGCAUUUCACAAUUUCAUGCACCACCAUAACCAGUUGUAUACAGUUGCCAAAUAAACCUUCAUUUUGUACCCGAGCUGUUAGGAUUAUAUGGUAGCGUUCAUGGUACACUGGAUUCGUUUGCAAGUAAAACGAAAAUUGAGGAGUUACUCGACGGUUAUACACAGGGGAUCAUGAGAUACAGUAUAAAUUUUAACCCAAAACUUUUUAUUCUGUUCUAUUUUUUGCUAUUAAUUUAUUUAUUCCGAAAAAGGCAUUUUUCCUCUAAAUUUCCUAUCUGGUAUUCCAGGGAUAUAAACCUUUACUUAAAUUUAAAAAUAUCCUUCACGGUUUUUUAAAAUAUCUAAAUCUAAUAUUAAUUAUUUACAUUUUUUCGACUAUUCGAUCACAGUGUAAAAAUCGUAACAAAUAAGAUUAUUCUUGCUAUUUUCGUAACAUCUAACAUUCCCUUAAAUCAAAACAUUAACAAUUUUGAAACUUUAUGAGGAAUUCAAAAUGUUCUACUGAUCUCCCGAAUUCAUUAUUCCUUCAUAAUAAAUAGCUGAUGAUGGACAAAGAAUAGUACAUUCAGUCAUUAUUUUGCCUCUCCAUACGAGUAAAAGUAAAUAUUCAAUAGUUUUCCCGAAUAAAACAGUUUAGUUAUAGAAACAUUCGAUAGUUCAUCCAGUAAAUUAUCUUAACUAUUCAGAAGUUGCCAUCAUUUGUUACAACUGUUACAAAGUCCAGACACAAUAAUAAUUUUCAAAAUAUUCAGAUAUAUUAUGCAUAUAGACAUAUUGGUCAAAACACAUGUUUUUGAAACUAACUGUUAAUGUGAAAAAGCAUCAAAUGUUUUUAUUCGAGGGCCGAUGGCCCCAUCUCAAGUAUAGGUUUUAAAGUUUUCUAGCAUUUAUCACUCUUUCUAUAAUAUUUUUUAAUCCGCAUAGACUAACAAAUUUUAGGUAUUAUAAUAUUUUAAUAAUUAUUUUUCUUCACAAUUUGAGUUGAAUUUUAAGCACAUAUUAUUAUAAUUAUUACAGUUUCGUAGUAAUCUAAUACAAAUAAAUAUAAAACGCGUAGUCACGUUUGAUAAAUAAAAUACACUAUAGUCAUCGAUAUAGCACAGUAAAUAGGCUAUUAUAAUAAUUUACAUUACAUAAUUUUAUUAUAUGGUCAUUCAAAAAUUUACAAAACUAAUUCAUGUAUAGCGUACUAUUUAUAACAGCAACAUACUAUUUUCUUUUGUGCAAUGUAAAACAUAUGCAAAAUGCAAUAUACAUUUUACAAACCAAAUAUAUACAUAAUUUAAUAUUUUAUAUUUAUUACAGUGAAUAAUGUGGGCGAAUAUUCAGAUAUGAUUGGCUGUAAGUACUCUUUUGAGUUUAAUAAUAUUAUAGCAUUUAUAACUAAUAUAAUUUGAGUUAAAAUUAUUUUGUAAUGCAUUUGGAUAUGAGGUGUAUUCAAUAAAUAAACCUAGAUUAAAAUUUGAACAUUCAAACUGUUUAUACUAUCUCUGUAUUAGUAAUAUUAUUACACUAAGAUAAACUAGAGAUGAUUUGCAAUAUUAAUUACAGAAUUUAAGUUAUUAUAUCAAACCAAUAUUAUUAACAGUAUGUCUUCAAAUCAUUCAAAUAGAAUACCACGACUCAACGAUUAUUACGAAACAGUGUUUUAAAACGGGUUAAAUGCUACGGAGAAUUUUAAUUUGAUAAAGUUAUCUUUUGAAGAUGUAACUUUGGUGCGGUUCAAACGUUUCAAAUAAAAGAAUGUCAGAGAUUCAUCGUAGAUACCCAACUUCCUGGAUGUCUUUCAAUAUUGUGAACAUAUGACACCAUUCCACAUAUGUUCGAAAACAAAUUAGAAGCGAUUGACGAUUAACUAAGUAUCAGAGAAGUAGCUAAUUAAGUAGCCUAUCACUUGGUGCAUAUAAUUCGAAUUUUAUCAGAUUAAUUAGGUAUAAAAAAGGUAUUCGCAAAAUUAGUGUCUAAAUUGUUAACAGAGUACCAAAUGGAACAUUGCAUUGAAGUGUGUUUAGAUCUGAAAAUUGACCAACAAAAUAUUUUGAAAUUUAGGUUUUAAAAUUACAGUAUUUAUAAUGUAUACUUAACAUAAUAUGGUCGAUAACAAAUCGUAAAAAAAACGGAUUUACCGAUUUUUAACAUUAUUCUGUAAUAUUUUUAAAUACCUAAUAAGAGUAUAAUUUAUAAUGAGAAUGCUUAAUGAUACCGAAUGAACAAUAUAUUUUACCUCAGGAUCAUGGUUAACAUAAUGAAUAAUAUUUAUAUUCCCUUAUGAUCUGUUAAAUUUAAGUAUUUCUGGGACUUGAGUCAAAAAAGACCAGUAUCACUUUUUGGUGAAAAUGAGAUAUAAAGACAAUUAUAUAAAAUGUUAUAUGAUUUUUCUAGUGGUGAAAGGACGUAUCACAAUAAUCAUUAUUGUGAGAUUUGAAAAGACCAAUAUUGUUAAAAAAAUUACUAUUAGUCAUGAGUCAUAGUUUGGUAGUCGUUUCAGGUAGGUUACACAUUUCCGUAUUGUUACUUAUACUUUGUAGUAUUUCAUAUCACAUAUUCAUCAUAAAAUAGCGGUUUUAUACAAUAAGUCUUAUUUUAAAUUAUUAAUGUCAAUUACUAUGUUUAUAUGGUGCAGUUUAAAACACAAAACGGUUCUGCAUCAUAAAUGGUUUUAAAUCAAAACGGUUUAAAAAUGGAACAUAUGAACGGGAUGAUAUUAUUUUUUCAUUCCGGUAAGGUCCUUUCAUUAUUUUAAUGUAUGAUUCUCCGCCGUCGUUUCUAAUAAUGUUCCAUUAUCCAAUAACUCUAUUAACUAUAGUAGUUUUUCUAAAUUUAUGUCAGAACUUUUUGCAUUAAUAAAUUAGUCGAGUGAUUGUUAUUUUUAGCCACGCGGAUACUUCUUUUCUUAUUUUUUUAAAUGUAGGUGAUUUUUAACACCGUGACUGAGCUGCGCGACCGUAGCCCACGUCUUUAGUCGCGCGGCGAUGACCGCUCCGGAAGCAGUUGAGCAGCAGUCGCGCAAACCAUCAUUGUUUAAAUUAAUAACAAAAAUGUCCUCCGAGACUUCGCAAAUUUGUUUUCUACCAAAGGAUGAUGUAAAGUUUGCUGAACUUUUAAGCAAAUAUCCAUCUUUAUUUAAUGCGGAACAUGAAUUGUACAAAGCCCAAGUGGUUAGAGAAAAUGUCGGGAACAAAAUUAAAUCGAGUGAAUUAAAAAUCUAUCUCACUAGGACUACAGUGGGCACACUGUCGCUUAGUGCUCGUCGUUCAUAAGUUAUAGGAAUUCAUUCUUGCCUGCGCGGCUGAAAAAGACAGUCAUGCCGCGAUACGACUAUAGUCGCGUGACUACAGACGCGUGUAUAAAAAUCACACGUUUAUGAUAUUUCAUCGGUUCAUAAUAUUAUAUUCGGUUCACGUAAUACUUUACUAAAUCAAUGAUGAAACCUUAAUUUCGAUUCCUAUGCCAUAUUGGCUAUUUGUCACAAAUAAGUUAAAAAACAAUAGGUCAUAAUCACCGUGUAUGACUGCGUGAGUGCAAAAGCGACCGGAAAACCGAAAAACCGAAAUUAUAAUCAUUACUUAUACGAUACAGCUAUAAAUAUUAAUAUUAAAGGACAUUUUUUUCCUAUUAAGUCGGUGCAUAACUUCGUUUUUCAUUUUUAAUGAUCUACAGCAAGCCUUUUUAAUCCAGUGUAAUUAUUUAUCCUCGAGUAGUUUUUAGUUCAGAUGCAUACUAAUUUCUUGGUUUUCCUGGUGGAUUUUCACUUUCAAUUAUAAUGAGAUAAAAUUCGUCUUCAUGACAAAGAACAUGCUACCAUCGCGAUGGUGUCUCAUUGUCAUCGAUUUAUAACAUUUAUUAUGAUUCUAUUUUCACCAAAUUGGAUCAGUAUAUCCAAUUAUAAUAAAUAUAUAAAUAUAUUUGUUUAAUAUUGUACCUAUUUUCUUGUUUUUCGUAUGGUUUUCCCGGUUUUUCUUACAUUUCAUACUGGUUUUUCUCAGAUAUUAUGAAAAUCACUUGGAAAACCAAAAAAUGAUCUCCUAAUACCACUUGGACAAUGUUUUCUUUCAAAAAUGGUGCCACAUGUAUGUAUCGAAACAAGAUUUCUGGUAGAAUUUUUGUACACAGUAUAAAAUGAUAAAAAAAAUCUUUGUAAAAUUAUACAUUCUUCGCUAUACUCCGAAUCUAAAAUAUUAAUAGUAAAAUUAUUAGGUCAUAAAUAUUGAAUAAUUCCAGUGUUAGUUAUUAUAAAAAAAAAAAAUACUUAUUUUAUAACUGACUUAGGUGAAUAUUUGUUUGUAUUUUAACUUUUAUUGAACUAGUUGAGUUUAUUUUUUGACAACUAUUAACUUUUUUAAAGUAGGUAUGUAUUUGAUUGAAUAUUAAACAAAAACUUAUUAAUACAACUUACAAACAAAAACUGAUAAGUGAUACAUUUUCAUAAACUCGUUUACAAUCGUACUUUGUCAGUUGAUUAACCGUAUUGAAUGGAUUUUAUUUCUUAAACUGCCUAGUACAUACCUAUUGCAAACUUUUAAAUUUUGAACACGAUUUGAUGUUUUUAAACAGUUUUUAAGUGUUUACAUAGUAAUAAUAAGUUUUAGUUCCAAAAUUAUUUCAUUUUAAACUGUUUAAUGCAAUCAUACAAACGUACUAAAUGAUUUGUUUGAGAUAACGCCUUUAAUUGUAUACUAGUAAAAUACUGGAAAUCAUCUCUAGGUAAAUUUAGUGUAUAAUAUUAAUGAUAACUUUAACAGUUUUUCUGUUUGAAUUUUAAUCUGGGUAUUCAUUAAAUAUACCUCACUUAACUUUUUAUUUAUUGUUAACUUUAGUGACAUAAUAACGAGGGUUGGUUAAUAAUUAUAUACUUUAGUUUUUUUAUAGCCUAUUUGUAAUAGGCUAUAGAUAAUUUCAUAAUUUUUACAAAUUGAAAAAAAGAAUAGAAAUUAAAAUGUUCAAUUAAUUUGUACCACACAUAAAAAUACAUUUAAUUAAUGUAAUAACUAAUACCUACAUUAACAUUUAAAAAACAUAUAUAUCGUUGCUGGCGUGCAAAAAGUAACUAAGUGAAAUAUUAAUAUUGUUGGUAAACUACAAAUAAAUAUUAAAAAUGAUCUGAAAACUUACAAACUUAAUAGAUUUUAACAAUUUUUAUAUUGAAAAAUCAGUGAAAAAGUAAAGAAUUUUAACUUUGAAUUAUCCAAUUUUAGGUUUAAUAAUAACUUGAGAAUAGUUUAAAAAGUUAAAAAAGCGAGAAGAAAAAAAUGAUCUAACUACCUUCUUAAUCACUUAGUCGAAUAAAAAAUGACUAAUUUAAUUAAAUCACUCAGUCAAAAAAUGUGUAAAAAUAUAUUAUUAUUAUUAUCUAAUCAGUGUUACUAAUCUAAAACAAAUCAACAAAGUAUUAUUUUGAAUUAGUAAAAUCAAUGUAAAAAAAGGUGUCUUAGAUGAGUGUCUAUGAGUAAAGAUAAAUCAUUGUUAACGAUAAAACGAUUCUGAGCGCAAUUCAGUUAAUAGUGAUGAUUGUCAACAAUAUAUAUAUUAUUAUGAUAAAAUAAUUAAAUAGGCAUUACAUAUUUUCUUUAAUAAUAUUUAAUAUUGUAUCGAUUUUCCCGUUUUUUCUCCGUUUUUCAAGAUUUUUCCCAUUUUUUAGGAAAAUUCCUGGUAAAAUCGAAAAAUGACCUCUUUAAAGUAUCUUUUUUGUCAAAUUUAUAUUUAGAAAAAGUGUUAUCAUUUUAAUUAGAGCAAAAUUGAUGGUAGAAAAGUCAUACACAGAAAAAAAAGGCAAUAAUAUUUUUUUACUAAUACCUUCAUUUCUAAUAUUUUCCAUUUAUUUCAAAUUUUAUCCCAGUUUUUCCCAGAUAUUAUGAAAACCGCUUGAAUAAUUUAAAAAUGACUUACAUAAAUUACCAUGAAGAUAAAAUUUUCUUUCAGAAAAUAAGCUAUAUUUGGUACAUCAGAGUAAGAUUUCUGGUAGAAAAGAUUUCACGGCGAAUCGAGGGGUAUUUUUGGGUUAAAAAAGGUUCGAGCGAGCAAUAGCUGGAAGACUCUUGGUAAACUUAAAAUGCAUUUGUUUUUUUCUUGUUUAGAAGGGAAAAAAUAAGUGCAAACAAUUUUUUUUGAAACACGGGUUUGAACUCGCGAACCCUAGGAUGACAAUAUGUAUGUACAAUAGGUAUGUUUAAGCAUUCGGCUACGACAAACAUAUAAAAGAGCACACAAUAUAGAAUUAUUUAAUGUAUCAUAUAAAAUCCACAUGAUAUCAGAACUUCAAAAAGCUAUAAUUUUGAAACUUAGUCAGUCCGCUCAAUUUUGACUUCACAAUAGUUUUAAGUCGGCAAUAUAUAUAUGUUCAAAAAAAAAAACAAAUUGAUAUUAAAAUUCCUUUAAAAAAAUACUACAUUUAACUUUUAAUGAACUUCGUGUUAAAUUUGUAUGCGUUUUUUGUUAAGUCUAACAAAUUUAACAUACAGUUCCUACUGAAUAAAAAUUAUGUACAAAACUCGCAAAAUUAUAAUUUCUAAAAUAGCUAAAAAAUGGCUUAAAUUGUAUGACAAUUUGAUCACGUCUAGUAAAAGCAAAUAAAAAAAUUAUUGGGACAAUAGAUCUUAAGAGUCGAUACAAAUAUUUUUAACUGUAUUUCAACAAAAAUAUUAAAAUUUGUAUAAAAAGCCUAAACAUUGCAAAAUUCAAAAAUUUUACUAUGUCUAGAAAAAACAAAUAUAAGUUUUCCGUCAACAUUUUAAGUCUCUAUGCAGAUUUGUAUUUGAAUUACAAUAAUUGACAAAAUUAACAAAUAAUAAAAGCACUAUUUUCGUAAAUUUCCCGUAAAUUUUCUUACAUUUUAUCCUGAUUUUUCUCAGAUAUUAUGAAAAUUGCUUGGAAAAUCAAAAUAUGACCUCCUAAAAGUACAAUCUGGACAACACUUCCUUUCAGAAAUGGUACCACGCGUAUAUAUCUGAGUAAGAUUUCUGGUAGAAUUUUUGUAUACAGUAAAAAAGGAAAAAAAGAAAAAUGAACAUCUUAAUUAAACCAAUACAUUCUUCGCUACACUCAGAAUCUAAAUAAAGACGAACAUACGGCACACGUGGGUGCAGCCAUUGUGAUAGGUUUUUUUAGGGAAUUUUAUGCAUAUCUGUAAUCAACGAUAAACCACUGACAACGAAAAAAUGAUUCUGGGCGGAGUUCAGUUGAUAGUGUUGCUUUGCCUCAUUAUCUCAUAAUUGGAGUAAACUUUCUGGUAGAAAAAGUGUUCACAUAAAAAAAAAAAAUAAAAAUAAACUUCAUUGUAAAACAAAUUAAUUCCUCACUCCGAUCAGAAACUAAAAAAUAAAAACAUUUUUAUACUUUAUUAAUUUUAUAAUAAUAAUAUUGUCAUAGAACCUUUUGUAUGUUACUGUAUUCAGUAUUUACAGCACCUAUAAUAUAUUUCGUCAGUAUUGCAUUGUAAUAAAACUGAUCAAGUGCACUUGGCUAUAAUGGAAUGUUAUACUAAAUGUAUGUAAAAACUGACUAAAUAACUUAGACAAUUUUUCCACGUAGAAAAAAAAAAUUUAAAACUUAGUUAAAUUACAACAACCCAUAACUUGGUAUAUUUUUGGAAUUUUCACUUGGUCGUUUUUUUUCACGGUUAUAGGAGGACUAUAGUGACUAGUCAUAUUAUUGCACUUGGUCACUUUUUGCACUUAGUCACUUUUUAAACAUUGGUAACGAUAUAUUUUAUAACAUUAUAAGAAAUAAAAUGGAUUGAUAUAAUAGGUAUAUUUAUAAGAUAAAUAUUUUUAUUUGCAUAAAAAAUAAUACUCCGUGAAACCCUGUGAUCUGAUACUACACGCGUCACUAAUCAUUAUAGGUUAUUGAGGUGAAAUAGUCAUAAUGUUUUUACUUGUUAGUCAAUAAUUGAUCGUUAAUUUAUUUAUUUUAUAAGGUUUAUUGUUUUUUUCUCUAGAAAACAAUUCCUGUAAAAUUAAUUUACGUUGGCGUGGAAUUUAAUUUCAUAGGAAAAUUUAUUUGAAUUUAUAUACCUACGUCAUCCUUUAUGCCAUUUGUAAUUUUUGCAACAAUUAACACUGCGAAAAGAUUGUCUGCUUAUGUACAACAUUAUACCCUGUCGAUAUUUUUAUAUUACGAGUAUCUGUAAUGUGUAUAUCUAACAUUAUAUUAUAAAGCAUUAUAAUACUUGAAUUUUCAGAUUACCCAAAACACAAUUUGAUUAAAAAUAUCGAAUCAGAUAAGACAACAAUGAAAUUAUUGAAUAUCCAAGCAUGGGCAACUAUACUUCCAGUCUAUCUUGAAUUAUCAAUUCUCACAGUCCGAGAACUAAGUAAGGUUUCUUAUAAAUUAUUUAAAUUAAUUUUACUUUUUUGUUUUCAAAAAGGUGUAGAUUACUUACUUGUAUAUUAAUGUAACAAAGAAGCUUAGUUAAAAUGCCUUAAAAUAAAAUAAAAAGGGAGUGUAUGAGUGGAGAUUUGAUUAAAUUUGUUGGGGGCUAUUUGAGAGAUGAACAAAAAAAAAAAAAAUAAUAAUCAUCAAAUGUAUUAUACCUGCAGGUAUACUUAGCCAUUAGUUGAUAUAUUUACAAAACGUAAUAGGUACUCUAAAAAAGUUAUUCCGAUUUCGGGUCGAUAUAAUUUUUGGGGGGCUUGAAGUUAUUUUGCCUAUGUUACUUAGACAUGCAUCGAAUAUGUUGGAGAAAUAUUCAAACACAGCGUCUCACAAGAUGAUAUUCCACUAUUCUCUAGCUACAAAUAAAAUUACAAAACUAAAAGUGAAAUACAUCGUAAAUGGGUUAACGGGAAUAUAAAAUGUCCAUACCAAAAUGUACGUAAUCUUUAACUUCAUCUUUUUAUGUAAUUUUUAAUUAGGGUUGCCAUUUGAAAAUCAACAUGUGAUAGUGAUUUCUCUCUUAAACACAAGAGUAAUAAAAAUUAAGAAUAAUGCGAUAUUUUAGAGCUGCUUUUUUUUCAAAUUUUCAAAAAAAAAAAAAAUAUCGAAAAGAGUUAAUACUUUCCUAGUUAAUGAGUAUCUAAUGUUAAAUUUAUAUUUUAUUUUAGUUAUUUAAAUUUAUGUACAAAUUUUAGUAAAAAAUAAUUAAAUAAUCAAUAGAAGAAUGUCCUAAAACGACUACAUAUUCGAUUUUAAGCUGUCUAGUUUUAAAACUUGAGUUUUGAUUUAAAACAAUCGAUAUCUUAAAAUUAAGAUGGCGGCGAAGAACCAGUCAUUGAAGAUAAGGUGGAAUUGCCAAACUUACCAUUACCGGGAGAGUUAAACGCACAAUCACGUCAAAUGUCAACAGCACAAUCAAUGUCAAAUAAUAGAGCAAAUUCCCUAAAUGCGGCCUCUACGGUAUCCAAAACCUAGUUAAAACCUAGUUUGAGUACAUAAAGUUUAUAACAUAUUUAAGAAUUUUUUUAUGUUAAAACAUAUGUAACGUAUGCACGUUAAAACAAUUUUUAAAAAUAAUAUUAAAAAAAUAUAUAUAAUGUUUAUUAUUAUUCUCUUUCUUCUCGACGUCCUUCUCCUAUCAGAGGUUG